GUCUGAUGGAAAGAGAGGCGAGAAAGAUGGCAAGAGGGAAGGAAGAACACGAGUGGAAGUCAAUUGAAUUUACUAUUGAAUCCUCCAGUCCAAGGGCUUAGUUUAAUUAAACUUGUUGCAUUAUUGGCUUUUUUGGAAGACAAAUAUUAGACCAAAAGGUUGUGUUCUCCUUUUUGAAGUAGUAUAGAUGAUCAAGGUCUGUGGGGGUGCCAUCUCCGGCCACCACCUACCCCUCCAAGUUGUUUGGCUACCUCUCCGGUGACGGAGUUCAAAGCCCUCGAUUACACUGCUCUGAGAGGUUCCCCUUUCCUGGUUUCGGUGAGUGGUAAUCGAUUUCUGCAUGCCUAUUUGUGCGUGUGCAUGUGUGUAUAAUCGUCUAGGGCUUAAAUUUUCAAGUUCGAUUUCGCCCGAGAAGAGAAGCGAUAAAAACGUGUUCUUGGUUCCAUUGACAUGACACGUUACCAUGGAUUUAAAUUAUGAAAAUGGGACGAGAAAGGGGCUACUCUCCUUGUACUUAGAGGUUGCAGAUGAGGCAACAUUGCCUCCAGACUGGAGCAGAGAUGUCACUUUAACCCUGGCCCUGGUAAAUCAGUACAACCCGCUCAAAUCCAAGGCUUACACUUUACGGUAAAUGACAUGUCUUCAAAAGGGUAAAGCAAGCUAGCGGUUUCCGCUUGUUAGGGUGAGUGGACGAGCUUCGUUGCAUCGGAGGCUUUAUUGUGAAUGACACAGUGAUCAUUGAAGCCGAGCUCAUGGUCCAUUCACUCACUCCUUCUCUUAAGCUCGAUGUUCAGAAACCUGAAAAGACACCGACUAGAUGCAGCUCUGAUUCCAGCAGCUCAAAGGAAUUGACUUUCAAGCCCAGUAGAAGGAGAAAAUCAGUUUCUAAUAUUGAAUCUGCAAACUUAGCUUCCGAGACUCCGAGCUCAGAAGAUGUAGAGAUGGCUAAGCAGUCCUUGAGAGAAUGCCUCUUGUCUUUCUUUCACUUGGGCAUGAAAGACAAGCUAUCUUUAGCUCUCUCGACCUUAAGCUCUUUUGCUAAUCAGACCGGCUUAUCUCCGGAUCAGCAGAGAAAGGUGCAAGCACUCUGGACCCACUUUGAUGACUUUGUUUCGGCCUUUGAGACCUUUGAGGAGGAGAACCCGAAUUUCCUGAUGGAGAAGUUGGAGAUGGAUAAAACAGUAGCUACAACUGAGCAGAACCUCGAGACUCAAGAUUCAUACAAGAAGUCGAUGAAAGAUCUCGAUGAGGAAGAGGAAGGGCUAACCAGGCAACUUGAAGGAGUGAAAACCAAGAAGAUGAAGCUGACUUCGGACUGGGAUGCUUUGAGAACCGAGAUGAAGGAGGCGGAGUCCAAGUGUGAGAUCCAAGAAUGUAAACUAAGGUCGGCUGCGGCGGCGAAGAUGAGAGCCGAGGAAAGAAGGAACUCAUCGGUCGUUGCUUGGCUCGAGCUGAAGGCCCUAUUUACUUGAGCUUCUCGGCUGGGGAUACUAACUCGGGAACAUUCCCUGUAAUUAUAAUCUUUUCUAUAUGGGGAUCUUAAGGUUGAAGGCCUAAAGCAGAACAUUCAUGCAAGUCAUGACCCGCUUCUGCAAAUGUUAAUGG